AUGACGUCGAAAUCUGGUUUCUGGUGGCAAAGGACUCGGCGAAAAGUAUUGGGGAGGUCUAGAGAUGAAAUUGAGGCAAUUUCUCAGGCAAUGAGCGAGUUGAGCGUAUUGAGCGCCAGGUUAGAGGAAUUCGAGCAUAUGCUACGGGAUGGGCGCCACGAGCAGAUACAACUACCUGUGGAUCGGUUUUUGGAAGAAGCUCGCGGAUUUCUUUGGAGAAGUGAGCUGAUGAGGUUGGUGGAGCACGAGCGGGUGCUACAAUCUAUGUUUAACGAAGUGUCUGCCCGGGGGUUGAAGAUGGAAUUAGAUAUGGCUAGCUAUAGGGCGCGGGCGCCUACAGUGACUGAAGUUGAGGGGCCUGCAGCGAGGGCCCCGGGAUUUAAGGGGUUCAUGAGGGGUUUGAAGGCGCCGGCAACCCGUGAUAAGAGCGAGAACUUACGGCGACUCAUGACGGAAAGGAAUGCGGCGGAGUCUUCGGAAGCUGGUCACAAAUUGAUGGAGCUCAAAAGGGAAGCACCAACCUCUCCUCGAUUCGGGAUCAACUAUCCGCGGAUGCCUGAAAUGUCGCUUGAGGCUACGGAGCGGGCCCUCUUAGAGCAAUCUGGCUUUGAAACUCCCAGUGGAGUAUCAAUCAAGACAGACUCUGAGAGUUUCUCACCGAUACCUGAGAUAUUUGAGGAGGUGGGGACGUCUGUAGUACCUGAGAUGUUUGAGGAUAUGGAAACUUCUGUAGCACAUGCGAAGCCACUCAAUCAAUACCCAGAAUCAUUGAACAAAGUUGAAGAACCAGCCAUUUCGGAGCUAUCUAGCCAUGAUACUCUUAAGAAUGUAUCGAUUGCGACGGACUCAUCUCAAGCCCAGAGUUCAUCACGGAUAUCCGGUGUGCUUGGAGAUAUGAAAACCUCACUGGUCUCUGAAAAUCUGCCCAGUCUUGAAAGCCAAGAUCCGUCGACCUCAGGUUCCAAGUCUGCUGAAGUGGUCGAGCGCGUACCUUUGGUUGAAUUCUCAGAGAUAUAUGCAGAUAAUGAAAUAGACAGCUCUAGAUCACAACCCGACGUACCCGACAACUUAUUUGGAAAUGAGAUAGAGUUUAGGCCAUACCAUAGAAAUUGGUUUGACGUAAUAGGAAUCUGGGUGGAGAACAGAAUAAAGAGCGAAAUUUGCUGGUGGCCGUUGAGGUCACCUGUUCCCCCAGGGGAGCCUGGUCUGACUCAAAUGUCUUGGAAAUGCGCAUGUGGAUCUAUUAUAUCUACGGUGAUUAGCGACAAAAUCAUUGGGAGAUAUCACUCUCCUUCAUCUCCAGCUGGUAUUGGCUCUGGCAGCGUCAGGACAGUGGGGACUUCGCAGGUGUCGGGUCAACCUCCAACCCGCCCAUCUGCAGUACUAACAACGCUGGGCCGUUUAUCUUCAACGCCACAACAAACCACCUCAGGCAUCCCGGUACUUAGCUUAGCCGGAAAUAUGAUUGUUGCUAAUCUUGGCACCUUCAUACUUUGCUGCGUAAGGAAGCGGCAGCAUCGAACAGUGCUUGUGCAGAUGGAUAAGAAAACCUUUUCAAAUGACAGAGAGUUCUUCCGGAACUUAAGGGCAGAGUACCGCCGUGCGCGAGGCUGGAAAAGGUGGCUUAGCUUGUCAUUUGUGGCGCGGAUUAAGUUUGUCAGGUUCAUUCGAUACUAUCAGAAUUAUGUCGACUGCCAGGACUCUGAGGAAUUGCCUCCUCAUACAAACCGCGAUUAUGAAUAUAUCCCAAAGCCACCCGAGAAUCCACCCGUUUUCCCAGUAGCCGAAUUUAUGCAUUAUUUUGAACAGCCUGACUGUGCCGAAGGCUGGGGUCUACAGCCCAUGGAGGGUCUUUCGGUGUGGAAGUUCAUCUCCUUGCUGGCUAUCGUUUGGCUCGGAACACUGGCGUUUGCAACGUGGUGGCUGGUUGGGCACCCCAACGACUUUCAAAACGCUUUUGUGCCAGCAACCUAUGCGGCCGCGUUUGCAGCUAUUAGUGUAAUGCUACCGGAGGCUCUGAAGGUUUAUAAGUGA